UGGUGUAUGUUUUGACUUAGUAACCUGGCGCCACGUUGCAAAAAAAAAAAACUAACAGAGGAAAACAGAAAAACAUAUAAUACUAUUUUACAAAUUUGAGUCGAUGGCGCGUAAGGACGUCGUUGGAAAGUCAGAAAUAGAAGGCUACAGAAAAAGCUUAGGAAAACAAGAGUUUAAAGGAAGGAGUAAGAAACAAACUCUAGCUGCAAAGGAAAAGGCUCAAGCGAGGAAAUCUGGAAACCCAAUAAAUAUAAUCCUGCUCUACAUAUUGUUCUUGCUAGCAGUUUUAGUGGCAAUUUACUUCAUUUUCUACAUAAUGACUGGAGGAAAGAAUCUAUGAAAACGCCACAGAUUUACAGAUGUAUAUAAUAUAUGAACAAUACCAAGCUAAAAAAAAUUACCCCCAUGCUCAUGGAGUGAUUUUUCUUGUAUGACCCAGGGCUCUUACAUGCGUUUUCUGUUUUGUUAUUAAUUUUUCUUAAAUUUUUUACUCAUUGUAUUAUAGAACCUAAAUUUUAUAAAGAAACAUAGUAACAAUACUAUUGCAGUUUAGCCUAUUAUCAAAUUGUAAAUAAAAUCUUUAAUAAAAUUAUGAACAAAGCU